CGUCUCGAUGUUUAGAACGAGCAGAAACUAGAUUCAUUUAUUGCAAAGCUAAUAUUUAAACUAAAAAAUGACAACAUUCGAAGUUUCUAAAGACGUAUUAAGGUUUAACGUAUGUAUUGGCACACAUUAAGGCUUUGUAAGAAAUAGUUUGCUCGCAUCAAUCAGAAUGAGUCAUUGCAGGUAACAAGUUAGCCUUUGAGCCAGGUUAGCUCCCACUAGCUUAAAGAGAUUGUAUAUUUAGAAAUUUUUUUAAAUUGUCAGCAUUAGUUCUCUUCAGAUGUUGGGAUUUUUGACUGCAAGGCAAAGUGGUCUGGAUGACCCUUUGCGAAUGAGGCGAGCAGAGUCAACGAGAAGGGUUCUCAGUCUGACAUUAGAUCCUGACAGAGAUGUGGACAGAAUCCAUGGAAAUGGCAUCAAUACCAUAGAUAUCGAAGCAGUGGAGGGCAGAUACAUGUUGUCUGGAGGUGCAGAUGGAGUCAUCGUCAUUUAUGACCUGGAGAACUACAGCGGGAAAUUACAGUACACCUGCAAGGCGGUCUGUACUGUAGGCAGGUCAAGUCGACACGUCCACAAAUUCAGUGUAGAGACAGUCCAGUGGUAUCCGUUUGACACAGGAAUGUUUGUCUCUAGUUCCUUUGACAAGACCAUGAAAGUCUGGGACACUGAGACUUUAAAGCCCGCUGAGGUGUUUCAGUUUGAGGGUAACGUCUACAGUCACCACCUGUCUCCCAUUGCCAGGAAGCACAGCCUCGUCGCAGUUGGCACCAACAAUCCUAAAAUCCAACUUUGUGACCUGAAAUCUGGCUCACGGAUUCACGUUCUUCAAGGUCACAGAGCAGAAGUGCUGUCGGUGCGUUGGUCGCCCAGGUACGAGCACAUCCUAGCCACCGCCAGUGCAGACAGCAAGGUGAACGUGUGGGACGUGCGUCGAGCUUCAGGCAGUCUGUUUACUCUCGACCAACACAAUGGAGAGAAGUCCAAAGCCUCUGCAGAGGCAGUAAAUACAGCCCAUAACGGCCGAGUGAAUGGUCUGUGCUUUACGUCUGAUGGUCUCUAUCUCCUAACCACUGGAACAGAUGACCGCAUGAGACUAUGGAAUAGUGCUUCAGGAGAAAACACACUGGUGAAUUAUGGGAAGGUCUGCAACGAGAGUCGUAAAAAGCUGCAGUUCGCAGUGUCGCGCGGCUGCAGCCCAGACUUUGUGUUUGUGCCUUGCGGCAGCUCUGUGGCGGUGUACGCCCUCCACACUGGAGAACUGGUCACAAUGCUUAGGGGUCACUACAACAAUGUUGACUGCUGUGAGUUCCACCAAGACCACCAGGAGCUGUACAGUGGAGGCAAAGAUUCUAACAUACUGGCAUGGGUUCCUGUCCUGCGUACCGCAGACGUGGAGGAUGAGUCAAAUAAUGACAAUAAGGGUGCUGCUGGCCUGUCGGCUGUGAACCCUGCCUUUCAGGAUGCCUGGAGCAGUGACGAAGACUGAUGCAGAUGUUUUGAAUGUGUGGGCAAAAGAAGCAUGUAAAUAAUCUCACAUCCAUUAUGCAAAAUAUGACAAGUGUAGGUUCUUGCAAUUAUUUUUAAAAUUUAGAUAAAUAGAUGCUGUCUGGCUUCUAUCUGUAAUAAAAUAUGUAAAGUGUUGUACAGUUCAUGCAUAUCCACAACUGUAUGCCUCUGGAUUGCUGUAGAUUAUUGUUGUUGUUUUUUUUUUCUUAUGUUUUUUAUUUUAUAUUGGCACCAUCAAUGACUUUUGUAAGCAAAUUGGGAUUUAUGUUUCUAAUUUGAAUUUUUUGCUAAAAUAAACAUUUUUAAGUAA